AUGAAUCUAAAAGACAUUUUCUCGUUGAUAUUACUCACAAGAUAUACGAUUUCAUGUGAUGGUGUAUUUCGUUUUGCAAAUUAUAUACAAGAUCAUAUGGUUCUUCAACGAGCACCAAAAAGAGCAGUUGUAUGGAGUUAUAGUGAUACUAAUAGCAGUAUAACACUUGAAAUGAAUAAUAAAAUCUAUAUUCACAAUGAGUGGAUUAGAUUCUGUGAAAGUAUUUGGUCAAUAACAUUCGAUCCACAGCCCGAUGGUGGUCCUAAUCAAAUAAAUGUUCAUUAA